AGAACAAGCUUCAUUCAAGAGAAUUAAGAUGUGGCUAUCCUCUGAGUGGCUCCAGCCACUGCUAAGACAGACGGGCUCUCCUUUACUCCAGCACUAAACUAAAGGAUUCUCAUGUGAGUCACCAUGUCUUCAACUACAGCACGGAUUCUCUUAGCUCUUUUCAUUUCACUUAUAGAACUCACCUCAGCAGAAAAAGCCAACCACCCACUAAAGCCAAGGAAUGUGAAGCUUCUGCCUGUUGCAAAUGGGUUGAAAGUCAUCUGGGAGACUCCAAAAGACUCGGAGAACAGGCCGCCGGAACACUAUAGCAUUGGCUAUGGGAAAUCCAUAAAGCACCUCCGGUUUAUUAAAGUGGAAAAAGACAUUCGCUCAUACAUAAUUGAGGAUGUUGAACCUGGGGUGUUAUACUUUGUGCAGAUGACUGCUGAGAACCACAAUGGAGUGAGCCACCCAGUGUACAGAGCAGAGACUUCAGGAGGUGGAGAAUGGGUCAACUUAGAUGGAUUUGCUAUCAUGGGUCCAGCAGCUUUUAAAGGGCCUAUGACAGAAAAGGAUGUUCCAAGAAAACCUUUAAGAGUAAGGGCACGGCCUUCAGAGGAUAGUUUGUCUCUAAAGUGGAGAGCCCCCCAUUUGUCUGGCCAAAACAGCACAGUCGCAGUGAGGGGCUACCUCCUUGGUGUUGGAGAAAGUGGCAGGAAAAUGCAUUAUAUACCUCUACAGCAGGACCAGAGAAAUCAUGAAAUAAAGAAGCUUGCUUCUGAGUCCAUGUAUGUGGUAUCACUGCAGGCACAGAAUGCACUUGGACAGAGUCCUCCUGUUUAUAGAGCAGUUAUGACAAAAAAGAAAGCUUCAGAGCCUGAUGAGCUGUAUGAGCCUAAGGAUAUUACUGUUCGAGUAAUGUCCCCUCAAUCAGUAUUUGUCUCCUGGGUGGAUCCUGUAUAUGAGAAACGAAAAAAGAGCGACAUCAGCUCAACCAGACACUACACCAUUCGGUACAGAGAAAAGGGGGAGUCGGCCAGAUGGGAUUACAAACAUACCACCCAGAGACGAGUGUUAGUGGACAAACUUUCAUCAGACAAUAUGUAUGAAUUUUCUGUACAGAUUUCGCAGGGGGAUAGGAAUGGAAAAUGGAGUGUUUCAGUCUUUCAGAGAACCCCAGAAUCUGCUCCCACAAGUUCACCGGAAAACUUUCAAGUACAGCCACUGAAAGGGAAAGGAACAGCUGUCACUGCAACAUGGGAGCCACCUGCAGACACAAAUGGAAAACUUAGAGAAUACAUUCUUUCAUACGCCCCGGCUCUCAAACCAUUUGGAGCAAAGUCCAUUACCUAUCGUGGAGAUACUACUUCUGCCAUAAUUGAAGGUCUGCAGCCUGGGGACCGGUAUAUUUUCAAAAUUCGUGCAGCAAACAGGAGAGGACAAGGUCCUCAGUCUAAAGCCUUCAGUGUCAAUAUGCCAACAACUAGUACUGUUGCAUCAAGUUCACAUCAGCAAUCCAGGAAUCCUGAUUUUGGCAACAAUGACCAGAGUGCUGUACCACCAUCUAGGACAUCUUUAACAUCUUCAGCAAAGUUGCCUUCAUCUAGUUCUACCUCCAAAGAUCUAAAGCAGAAUCCUGCUUCCAAAACACCAAACAUAUUUUCACAUGAAGUUGUUAGUGUUAGAUCACAAUUGAAGACAGAUGUUCAGUCUACAGAGGAACCUGAUGAGUCUGAACUAUAUCCUUCUGAACCUGUGCUUCCCUCACCAUCGAAAGCCACCACUUUGAACUCCAGGAGAAAAACUCAUCCUAUUUCCCAGACAAGAUCUUACCACAGUAUAUUAUCUUCUGUUAGAUCUCCUGUUAGGUUUGGCCAAUCAGCCAUCAAACAAAGACCAGACACAACUACAUCAUCUCCCUAUUUUAAAAACAAAAAUGUAAAUGGCAGACAACAUCCUUCCUCUUCAAGACAGACAGAUUUGAAUGAGGAGUUAGAUGAGGAGCUUGAUGAAGAUACUGAGGAGAAACACAAGGAACUUCUAAGUCAAAAAAAUACAGUGCAUUCAAAAUCGAAGGAUGAUGGACACAGUGAAGUUGCAAAUAAAAAUCAUUCUAAAGGUCCAAAUCAUAAAACUGAUUCCCUAUCAGUAGUUCCAGAAACAUCUUCUGGGUCAUCCCAGCCCAAAUUCUCCAGAACAUCAGGAAACAGAUCAGUGUCUUCUAUUCAAAAGCCUCACACAUUUCCUAAUUCAGAGAGCAGUAAGCUAAGAAGACCAAAAUCCUUUUCCAACAGAAAAUCUGUAUCUUCGUCAUCUGUUACUCAGUCUUCCUCAUCAGAUGUGUCCUCCUCCACCUUAUCUGGCAAUAAGGAGUCGACUGCUUUAAAGAAUGAACAUUCAUCACGUAGCUUUCCUAAUAGAAAGGAAACAAACCUUGAUUUGAAAAAUGGCUCAUCUUCCUCUUCUUCCAAAUCAAUGGUAUCUAAAUCUUCGUCAGUGAUGACUUCAGGAGGUGCACGAUUACCUGUUUCAUCCAACCGUCAUUCAAGUACUGGCUUUACAAAUGGCCGCAGAACAGCAGGAACUGGUUCCACCGAUUCCAAAAGUUCUGUCCAUCAAAAAGGUGUACCAGAUCAAGCAGGAUCUACCAGGGUAGUAGGUGGUCAGCCAAAACCUGGUAUUUCUUUAGUCAGGUCUCAGUCUGUUCUGCCCACAACAGCUCAGCCAUCAACUAGACAGCAGUCGUCUAAAACACAAGAUGAGGAUUAUAAUUAUGAGGAUUAUGAUUAUGAAAGUAGUGAGACAGAAGUUGAGGAUGAGAAACCAAUUCUCUCUUCAAAACCAAACCAUGCUUCGUCAAACUUACCUUUUGCCUCUGUUCCUAAAGGGAGUCCCCGAAGCUCACACCUUGGUGUUAACAGCAAAUCCACAGUAUCUAAAUCAGGGACUCACUCUUCUUCAGUGUUGACUUCAGGAGGUGCACGAUUACCUGUUUCAUCCAACCGUCAUUCAAGUACUGGCUUUACAAAUGGCCGCAGAACAGCAGGAACUGGUUCCACCGAUUCCACAAGUUCUGUCCAUCAAAAAGGUGUACCAGAUCAAGCAGGAUCUACCAGGGUGGUAGGUGGUCAGCCAAAACCUGGUAUUUCUUUAGUCAGAUCUCAGUCUGUUCUGCCCACAACAGCUCAGCCAUCAACUAGACAGCAGUCGUCUAAAACACAAGAUGAGGAUUAUAAUUAUGAGGGUUAUGAUUAUGAAAGUAGCGAGACAGAAGUUGAGGAUGAGAAACCAAUUCUCUCUUCAAAACCAAACCAUGCUUCGUCAAACUUACCUUCUGCCGCUGUUCCUAAAGGAAAUCCCCGAAAAUCAUACAUUGGUGUUAGCAGCAGCAAAGAAAUUGAUGAUUCUGUUAAUAAACAUAGUUUAUCCCCAACAUCUCAGGUUAACCCAACAAAACUACUUCCUUCUGGGCAUAAUCGUUCAUCUUUGAUAUCAAACCGUAACCACAGGUUCAGUAUGCCCAGACAGGACACAAAACUAAGUUCUUCUUUUACCCAACAAAACAUAGCAACUCCUUCAGCACGGUCAAGUGACUCACAGUCACUAACACCAAAACAUACACAAUCAGGUUUUGAUGUUUCUGUAAAUCAAGAGACUGAUGAAAAAGAAAAAACACCAAUUUCCUCUUCACCAUCAAAGUAUGGCCAUGGAUCAUCAGGUUCUCAAACCUCUUUGCCAAACCGUCAUUCAGCUUCAAGUGGCUCCAGAAAGCCUGUUACCUCUUCACACUUCAAUACUUCACCCUCAUCUUCCCAAGGAGGUUCACAUAUGCAUACUCCUAGUCUAUCAGAAACUGUUUCAGAGGAGGAUGACUAUGACUAUGAGUAUUAUGGAAGCAAAGAACUGUAUAAUAAAGCUGAUAAACUGAGUUCAGCUUCUGACUUAUUGAAAUCUGUGGCACCUACCUCACCUACCUCACCUUCAGUUAAACAGAUAAGCUCUAGUAAAUCAAGUUCCCCUUCUGUGCAAUCAUCCUCCCAGCUGUUUACUUCAAGCUCCAAUGGACGGUCCCAUUCCUCUCAACUAACAAACCGUCAAUUUGGUCCUAGGAUUUCCGGCAGGGUCCUACCAUCUCAAAACACAAAGCUGGGUGGGUCUUCUGUCUCUUCAAGCUCCCCAUCUUCCAGUGCUUCUCAGUCUGCUUCAACUACAAAUAGAGGCUUUUCCCGCUUCCCAUCUUCUCAGUUGCCUCGUUCCUCUUCCAGCCAAACCACUUCUUCCUCUCUACCAUCUUUGCAUUCAUCUCGGCAACCAAUACAAGGGACAAGGACCCGAUACCCUGGCCUAACGGAUAUCGCUACACGAGAGAAAAGACCUGGCACAUUUGUGAAACCCAAUUAUAAACAAGGUAAAAAUGGUAGACCAAAUCUUACAGAUGCAAAUGGAAAAGCUUCUUCUACACCCGAAGACAAAGUCAAACAAACAGGUCGCAGGUUGAUAACUGGCCCUCAAGGUGCCAAAUGGAUAGUAGACUUGGACCUUGGGGUGCUAAUGAAUGAGGAAGAAAGAAUUCUCCAAGACUCAGACGGCAAACCCCUCAGAGUACAGCUUGGAGCAGAUGGGCGUAGUGUUAUGGAUCAUGAAGGAACUCCAUUGUUGAACCCUGAUGGGCUCCCGUUGUUUGGACAUCGGCGUGAUAGCAAACCUGUGAUUAGCCCUAAGGGGAAGUCUGUGCUUUCAGUAGGAGGCAAGCCACUGGUUGGUUUGGAACGUCACAUAACAACAACAAUUCAACCAACAACCACCACAACUACUACGACUACGGCUACUACCACAACUACUCCUGAGCCAACUAUUAUUCCAACUACAAUUGAGAUAACCACAGAGGUCCCUACAACUUCUGCAUUGCCCGAAUGCCCUCCAGGCACCUAUUAUAAAGUAGAUGAAGACGGAAAACCUGUAUUCGGAGGACAGGGCAUACUGAAUUGCUACCCAAAAGAGGUCCAGACCACUGUCCUUCCAACAACAGAAGCCCCCACAACUGAACCUGAGCAAGGAUAUCCAGAAACCAGGCCAUUUAACACAAGUCCUUCGUCAGACUUUGAUGUAGCUGGGAAAAGACGAUUUACAGCUCCAUAUGUGAACUUCAUCCGUAAGGACCCUGGGGCCCCCUGCUCAUUAACUGAGGCAUUGGAAUACCUUCAAGUGGAUAUUCUGGAAGACCUCUUUUCAAAAGAUAGGAAAAACCAGCCGCCCAAAAAUAAGCCCCAUAAUAUCACUGUGGUAGCCAUGGAAGGCUGCCACUCCUUUGUCAUCCUGGAUUGGGCACGUCCUGUGAAAGGCGACAUGGUAUCAGGGUAUAUGGUACACAGCGCCUCAUAUGAUGACAUUCUGAAUAACAGGUGGUCAACCAAAAACUCCAGCGGGACACAUUUACCAGUGGAGAACUUGAAGCCAAACUCAAGGUAUUACUUCAGGGUUCAGGCAAAGAACAAUUUUGGUCUUGGACCUAUCAGUGACACAUUUACAUACGUAACUGAAUCAGAUGACCCACUGCUGAUAGUCAGGCCUCCUGGAGGAGAGCCUAUCUGGAUUCCUUUCUCCUUCAAGUAUACCUCGACCAACAGUGAAUGUAAAGGGAGCCAAUAUGUGAAGCGUACCUGGUACAAAAAAUUUGUUGGUGUUGUCCUUUGCAACUCAUUGCGGUACAAAAUCUUCAUGGGAGACAGUUUGAAAGAUACAUUCUACAGCAUUGGAGAUACCUAUGGGCGAGGUGAAGAUCACUGUCAGUUUGUAGAUUCACACAUGGAGGGAAGGACAGGGCCUCGUUAUACUUCAAACUUACUGCCUACUAUCCCAGGUUUUUACCGUGCUUAUCGACAGGAGCCAGUGCACUUUGGGCUUAUUGGCAGUAGAACCCCUCAUUACUAUGUGAGCUGGUAUGAGUGUGGAGUACCUAUUCCAGGGAAGUGGUAAUGAUGAUUCAAGCCCAAAGAUGAUCUUCUGAGAAGAAAUGACCCAAGUAAUUCCUUUUCUGACCUAAGGAAGCAUAAGACAUGAGCACUAAUGCCUAAAAUGUAAAAUUCACAUAUUUCUAUAAGAGAAAAUAUUUUCAACCCAUUCAUUGAAAUGAAACUAAUUUUAUGAUGUGUUUUGUGGAAGCAGGUUAAAUAUGGUGGCAUCAAUUGAUAUCCUUUUCUCCAACUGCAAAAAAAACCAUAUUGCAAUACACUGUGUACUCUGGCCUGUAUUACAUGAGUCUGCAAUAAGAAUUCAUAUUUAACUACCCAAUGGAUGUAUUAUUAAAGAUGUGCCCAACACAAAUCUAUGAGCAUACAUCAGCAAAAUCACACUAAAUUAUUUGAAGAAAAAAGGUUAUUACCUUACUGAAGGAUUAUGUACUACUGUAUUAUUCAAAAACAACACUAUAUCUUCAAACAUACAGACACACUGAGUUUACUUAUUACAAUGUAUAGUAAAAGAUUUAUGACGUGCAAUUGUUUGCUAUUUUUACUUCAAAAUAUAUAUAUAUAUAUAUAUAUAUAUAUAUAUAUAUAUAUAUAUAUAUAUAUAUAUAUAUAUAUAUAUAUAUAUAAAAAGAUGUUUAAAAUGAACACAGUUUCCUAUGGAUCAUUGUUACGGAAAUGUUAAACCGGGCUGGGAGUUAUUUAACUGCCACUACAAGGUCAGGGAUGUGGGUGAAGCCCAGUUAGCUCAGGAAAGAAAGAAUUGCAAUAAAGUGCUAUGGAAACCACUACAGAUGAGAUCUACUGUAUACACUCAAACAUCCUGAGACGGGUUUUAUUUUAUCAACAUGAAACACAAAUCUAACUGCAUUCUGGCAAUGAUCCGAAUCACAUUUAACUACACUUUGGAUCUUUAGAUUCAAACACUACACUAAUUUUCAGAAAUUAAAACACGAUUUCUGUUAGGUAUAUUACAGAAAUGUAUGUAAUUUAUUCUUACCACAUUAAACAUAUAGCAACAUAUUUGUCAUAGUAGUUCUACUUUUUAGAUAGCACACAAAAUAAAACAGCGGAUGUUUUUCAAUGGUUACAAUUCUUGAGUGCUUAAGUGGAUUUUUAAAAAACAUUUCUCUUGAUGUUGGAAUUUGCACUAAAAGGCAUUAUCAGAAAGAUGCUGUGAUGGUUUCCCUGGGGGACUACCAACGUACCUGUAAAAACAAAAAGUACAGACACAUUUGUAUAAAAUGUUUGCAGUCAGCAAAACUGUAUGCAAGGUGUGUAACUCUAUUACUGUAUAAUUUGUGUAUUAUUAUUUCACCCCUCCAGUUCUAACAUUAAACUUUUAUUUCAUUUUAAAAUUCAUAAUGUGC